AUGUCCAAAAGCGAGUUAGCAUGUGUUUACGCUGCCUUGAUGUUAGCUGACGAUGAUAUCGACGUUACAGCUGACAAAAUAAAUACCGUCCUGAAGGCUGCCAACAUCAAGUUUGUUGAAUCAUAUCUUCCAAACCUUUUUGCAACGGCUUUGAACGGAAAGAAUGUCAAAGAUCUAUUGAUGUCCAUGGGGUCUGCUGCACCUUCUGCUGUCGCCGCCCCGACGUCGGCCCCAGUGGCAGCGGCGGCGGGUGGUGGUGCCGAAAAAAUGAAAGAACCUGCAAAGGAAGAAAAGAAACCAGUUUCUGACGACGAAUCUGAUGACUCGAUGGGCUUUGACCUGUUCGGUUGA